AAACUUGGUAAUGAGUGUGAAUACAGAAAGAAUAAUACAACAAUCUGUUUGGUAAUUGUAUAUCAAAUAUGCCAGUUUCUGUAAAAUCGCCAUUUACUGGUUUGCGAUCAACAGUGUACAAGGACUCUCCCUUGGGCGGCAGUAAAGGAGCAGGAAACUCGGAAAUCAUUCUAUUAUCAAUUAAUCCUACGGGGAGUCGACUUGUCAAUGCUAGGACCGAUAAGGCUAUUAGAGUGUGGAAAUGCCUGCUGGACAAGCUUCAUGAUCCCAUUACCGUGGAACAGCCCCAUGUAAAGGCUGUCGAAAGUGUCUCGUGGCAUCCAAAGCAUGAAUAUACGUUUGCAACUGUGGGGAGAGAUCAUUUAGUCAAGAUAUGGAAAACUUCUUCGAGUGGGUGCACAGUAGAAAGAGAAGUGAGAGUAAAUAGGAAUGACAAUUCUCGUCAUGGUAUGUCUGUAUGUCAGAUAGUGAAGUAUUCCGCUGACGGGGAAGUUAUGGCUGUAGUUGACAGAGAUUCGACCAUUCUGUUGUUCAACACUCUGAAUUAUACAAUGUUUAAACAAUUCAAAAUGGGGGAACAUGUAUUUGAUUUCACAUGGUUCAAUUCAGGUCAUAGUCACUUUAUGAUUGGUCUUCAUAAUGGGACUGUGGAAGUAUACAAAGUGAAAGAAAAUGAUGAUGAACCCGUGGAGAAAGUACAUACGCUCAAAGGACACCGAUCAUCGGUUACUACGGUGGCACUUGAUCCAAGAGGUCAAUACAUUGCCAUUGGGUCUAAUGAAGGGGUUGUAUCACUCUGGAAUACUGAGAAUUUACUCAAUGAGGGAACAAUAUCAUCUAUAGAUGAAUCCAUUGCUCAAGUAGAUGUAAGUCGAGAUGGAGCAUAUUUGGCACUAACAUUCGAUCGAAACAUAAACAUACGUAUUUUUGAUUCAGAAACUCUUAAAGAAAUCUAUGAAGUGGAAAACAGUUCAAGUGGGAACUUGGUCUUGAGUACAUUCCGAUGGUUCCCCAAUAGGCAAAAUUUUGUAUGUACAAGUGAUGGGGGGAAGUCAAUGACAUAUGUGAGAAAAUAGAGAUGUGUUUAUUAAUAGGAUAUAUAGAAAAUGAAUGAGAUUAAUGAA